AUGUGGGCUACUGGUCCUGACUGGUUAAUUAAAGACGAAAAAACAUGGCCACAAUUAGAGUUUCAGAUCCUUGAAAUUCCUGAUCUGAAGCCGGCUCAACCGAUGUUUUUAGGUAUGAUUGCGCAAUUCUCUACUGAUUUGUUAAAACGGUACAGUAAUGUGAAAAAAUUACAGCGCGUCAUUGGAUAUUGUCAACGAUUUAUUACCUCUUGCAAACUUAAAAAUUCAGAAGAUAGAGAAAAAGAAAUCCUCACCCCUCGCGAACUCGAAAAUUCUAUGACUAUAGUAAAAUGGGUACAAGCAGAAACAUUUCCUAAUGAAAUACAAAGUUUAACUAAAAAUGAACCCUUAUCCAAAAAAAGUUCUCUCAUUCACCUCAAUCCUUUUUUAAGUGAAGGCAUCAUUAAAGUGGGGGGAAGAUUGAGUAAUGCCAUGAUUCCGGAAUCUCAAAAACAUCCCAUUGUGCUACCGAAAAGUCACCCGGUAACAAAACUUAUUAUUCAAAAUGAACAUGUAAAGAGAAUGCAUGCAGGGGUUAGCGCUACAUUGUAUGGGGUUCGAGAAUCAUAUUGGCCGAUAGACGCUGUACAUUUAGAAUUAGUAAAUGAUCUAUCAACCGAAGCAUUCAUUUCAUGUCUCAAACGAUUCUUCUCUCGAAGAGGAGUGUCAAAAACAAUUCAAUCCGAUAAUGGUACUAAUUUCGUCGGAGCUGAUAACGAAUUAAAGAAAUUGUUUGAAGAAAUCGAUUCCACAAUCAAAAAUAAAACAGUGCAAAAUUAUCUUGCAAGUAAAAGUAUUACUUGGACAUUCAAUCCUCCCAGGGCUCCACAUUUUGGUGGGCUUUGGGAAGCAGCUGUUAAAUCAUUUAAAAAACAUUUUACACGAACAGCUGGUGCGUCACUUCUUUCAUAUGAGCAAUUGCAUACAUACGUUGUAGAGAUUGAUGCAAUACUAAACUCUCGCCCUUUAACCGCAUUAUUCUCUGAUCCAAAUGAUUUUACUCCAUUAUCUCCUGCUCAUUUUCUGAUUGGUAGUUCAAUGACAAGCAUUCCACAAGAAGAUCUUCGCAGUUUACCAAUUGGUCGUCUCAGCGCAUGGCAAAUUAUACAGCAAAUGCGACAUCACUUUUGGAAUCGUUGGCAUCACGAAUAUUUAAACGAAAUGAUUUCCAGAAGUAAAUGGCAGUCAUCCACCAAUCAGGAUGAUAUCACUAUGGGGACAAUGGUCGUUAUAAAGGAUGACAAUUUACCACCAAUGAAGUGGUCUCUUGGAAGAAUUGUCGACACACAACUCCAAUUCGGAGUUCAACGGGGACGUAUAAAAGAGCAUUGA